AAUCAUCAAAGUGAAAUUAUCGUUUGCAAAGAUGAAAUUCUUGUUCGCAAUCCUCGCCGUCGUCGGCUUCGCCGCCGCUGCUCCUGCAACCCUCAGCUUGGAGACAGAUUUACUGGAAUUCGUCGCUCUCCUCCCCAUCGGCGAGAUGAAGGAAAUCUCCCAGAAGUAUUUGAACAACGAUGCCGAAGUGCAGCAGGUUGUUGCCUACUUGCAGAGCGAGGAAUGGGCCAAGCUCGUUGAAGCUGUUGGAGAGAAACCCGUGUGGAAGGAAUUCGAGGAAUACAUGAAGGAAGCCGGCUUCCCCAUCGACGAUAUCAUCCAGCUCAUCCACGACCUUCUCCAGGGAGCCCAGCCAGAGGGCAAGGCUACAUCCACCCGCGGAAUGAGGCAAUACGUCGACGAGAUCAUCGCCGUCAUUCCAGUCGAUGAACUGUUGGCCCUUUUGCAACACAAACUGGAGACCAGCGAAGAGUUCAAGGCAUUCUGGGCCGAGGUCUCUGACGAAAAGGCGCACUCACUCUUCGAAGAAGUCAGGGCCAUGAAAGAAGUCCAACGUCUCGCCGGAGUCUUGAAACUGAUGGGCAUCGACAUGCAAAAGGUCGUCGACAUCAUCUACAUGCUCUUUGGUUUGGCUGGAGAAGACGGAGAAGAACGCACGGAAAUCGGAGCUAUUCUCACGCUUAUCCUCGAUUACUUCGAGCAACUUCCCUUUCGGAACGAUCGCUUCGACUUCAUCCAGAAAACCGCGCAAGCUGAACGCGGAUCGGCCUUCCGGAUGCGCUCCGGCGAUGAGAUCGUGGAUCAACUUGAUCACAGCGUCCACGUCGACGCCCGCUUGGAUCAUGUGAUUCUUCAGAUGUCUGCUGGACUUAAGGAAAUCGUUGCUUUGAUCCCAUUGGAGCAGAUCCGCGCCAUCGCCAAGACCCAUUUGGAAACCGACGCCGAAUUCCAGAAGGUCGUCGCUUACCUGCAAGGUGCCGAAUGGGCUAAGCUCGUCGCCUCCGUCAGGGCUAACCCAACCUGGCAGGGAUUCAAGAAGUACUUGACCGAAGCCGGUCUGGAUGUUGAGUGCCUCAUCUCCAAGAUCCACAACGUCAUCGCCGACGCCAAGCCAUCCGACGCUGCUCAACCGUCCGCCCAAGGAAUCCGUCAAUUCUUGGACGAGAUCAUCCCUCUGAUCCCCAAGGACAAGAUCAUGGGCAUCCUCAACGAGAAGUUGGAGAACAACGACGAAUUCAAGGCUUUCUACGCCAAGGUCUCCAGCGACAAAGCUAAGGCUCUCGUCGAAGACGUCAGGGCCAUGGAGGAGGUCAAACGCAUCGCCGGAAUCUUGAAAGACAUGGGCGUCAAAGUACCAGAGAUCAUCCAAUUCGUCUACAUCUUCAUGGGAUGGAUUCCAUCCCAAGAAUUUGUAGACGAAGUCGACGAUCUUUUGGACAUCGACACCCAUGAUCUUCAAGAGACCAGCGAUGCGCUGAACUUCCUUCAUGGCCCUAACUUCUUCGAAGAGAUCCUUGGCCUUUGGGCUGGAGAUCUUGGCGUAGAAAGCUUGGAAGUCGGCGGAGUUUUCCAUUUUGUCGGCGACGACGGCGAGGAUCUCGUCCUUGGGGAUGAUGGCGAUGAUUUCGUCCAAGAAUUGACGGAUUCCGAAAGCGGAUGGCUUGUCUGCGGCGGUAUCAGGGCUGGCGUUGGCGAUCAAGUCGUGGAUGAAAGCGAUGAUGGCUUCAACAUCGAGACCGGCUUCGUUCAAGUAGUCCUUGAAGCUAACCCAGCUUUUGUGCUCCCUGACGGCGGCGACGAGCUUGGCCCAUUCUUUUCCUUGCAAUUUGAACAUCACCCAAGCAAGAUGAAAUUCGCUAUCGUUUUCUUCGCCCUCGUCGGCAUGAGCCUCGCCGCUCCAUCCAGCUUCUCCCUCCAAGAGGAUCUGAAGGAAAUCAAGGACCUCUUCCCCUUGGCGGAGAUGCGCGCCAUCGCCAAGAAGUACUUGGCCACUGAUGAGGAAUUCCAACUGAUCGUCUCUUACUUGCAAGGAGAAGAAUGGGCCAAGCUCGUCGCCGCCGUCAGGGAGAACCCAAGCUGGAUCGAAUUCAAAAACUUCUUGAACGAAGCCGGUUUGGAUGUCGAAGCCAUCAUCGCUUUCAUCCACGACCUGAUCGCCAACGCCAGCCCUGACGCCAACCAACCUGCCGUCUACGGAAUCCGUCAAUUCUUGGACGAAAUCAAAGCCAUCAUCCCCAAGGACAAGAUCAUGGCCGUCGUCGCCGACAAAAUGGAAAACUCCGCCGACUUCCAAGCUUUCUACGCCAAGAUCUCCAGCCCAAAGGCCAAGGCUCUCUUCGAAGAAGUUAGGGCCAUGAAGGAAGUUCAGCGUCUCGCCGGACUCUUGAAGCUGAUGGGUGUCGACCUCCAGAAGGCCCUCGACGCCAUCUACGGUUUCUUGGGAUGGAUGAAAAUCGCCAUCGUUCUCUUCGCCCUCGUCGGCAUGAGCCUCGCCGCUCCAUCCACCUUCACCCUCCAAGAGGAUCUGAAGGAAAUCAAGGACCUCUUCCCCUUAGCCGAGAUGCGCGUCAUCGCCAAGAAGUACUUGGCCACCGAUGAGGAAUUCAAAUUGAUCGUCUCUUACUUGCAAGGAGAAGAAUGGGCCAAGCUCGUCGCCACCGUCAGGGAGCACAAAAGCUGGGUUAGCUUCAAGGACUACUUGAACGAAGCCGGCCUCGAUGUUGAAGCCAUCAUCGCUUUCAUCCACGACUUGAUCGCCAACGCCAGCCCUGAUACCGCUGCAGACAAGCCAUCCGCUUUCGGAAUCCGUCAAUUCUUGGACGAAAUCAUCGCCAUCAUCCCCAAGGACGAGAUCCUCGCCGUCGUCGCCGACAAAAUGGAAAACUCCGCCGACUUCCAAGCUUUCUACGCCAAGAUCUCCAGCCCAAAGGCCAAGGAUCUCUUCGAAGAAGUUAGGGCCAUGAAGGAAGUUCAGCGCAUCGCUGGUCUCUUGAAGAUCAUGGGUGUCGAUGUCCAAAAGAUCGUCGACUUCGUCUACAAAUUCUUGGGAUGGAUGAAAAUCGCCAUCGUUCUCUUCGCCCUCGUCGGCAUGAGCCUCGCCGCUCCAUCCACCUUCACCCUCCAAGAGGAUCUGAAGGAAAUCAAGGACCUCUUCCCCUUGGCCGAGAUGCGCGUCAUCGCCAAGAAGUACUUGGCCACCGAUGAGGAAUUCCAACUGAUCGUCUCUUACUUGCAAGGAAAAGAAUGGGCCAAGCUCGUCGCCGCCGUCAGGGAGCACAAAAGCUGGGUUAGCUUCAAGGACUACUUGAACGAAGCCGGUCUCGAUGUUGAAGCCAUCAUCGCUUUCAUCCACGACUUGAUCGCCAACGCCAGCCCUGAUACCGCCGCAGACAAGCCAUCCGCUUUCGGAAUCCGUCAAUUCUUGGACGAAAUCAUCGCCAUCAUCCCCAAGGACGAGACUGCCGUCGUCGCCGACAAAAUGGAAAACUCCGCCGACUUCCAAGCUUUCUACGCCAAGAUCUCCAGCCCAAAGGCCAAGGAUCUCUUCGAAGAAGUUAGGGCCAUGAAGGAAGUUCAGCGCAUCGCUGGUCUCUUGAAGAUCAUGGGUGUCGAUGUCCAGAAGAUCGUCGACUUCGUCUACAAAUUCUUGGGAUGGAACUAAAUUUACAACUGUUUAAUUUCUUUACUUUUCAAAUAAAUACUUAAAAAAUA